AUGGACCGCGCCAGACCGCGCCGGCACUGCGCCGGCGCUCCGCCUAACGUCCCCUGUCAGCUCGGAGCCGGCGAGCGGGUGGUCCUUCCGCCUCCGCGUCACGACCCUCGCGUCCCCCUGACACUGGUAGCAAUUCUAGAGAUGGCUAGUCACUGAUCCCAACCACCGCGCGAUCGACCCCACAGCACUGACAGUUGCAGCCCACGUGUGCUCUUUAUCGUUGCUUCGCAGCCCAAGGCACGAUCCAAGUCGUUGUCAUGCCUGUUCGCCAUCAACAAGCCCUCGGGCCAAGUCUCGAUGCAAGUGAGUCAGUUUCUACACCUCUUCUCCCGCGUACACGCGCUGACAAGGCUGUCUUGGCUAUUGCUGUAGCUGUUGAACCAGCUUCAACCGCUGUUCGCAAGCUCGUCGCUCUUCAAGCCCGGUCCGGCCUCGGCACCGCAUCCUAAUGACAAGACCAAGCGACGCAAGUGGAAGCAAGAGAGGGUCAAGAUGGGUCAGGGAGGAACACUCGACCCCCUUGCCGAUGGUGUACUCGGUAAAGCGACAUCGAAUCGAGCCCCGUCAGGCCCCUUGCGAUCGACUGAUUCUGUAUUUUCAAUCCGUCUCGACAGUGAUCGGUGUCAACGAUGCGACCAAACAGCUGUCCAAGUUCUUGGACUGUACCAAAGAGUACCGCGCCAUCGGUUUGCUCGGCUGCUCGACCGACAGCUACGACUCCGACGGCAAGCGGGUCAAGCUCGCUUCCUUCGAUGGCAUCACUCGCGACAAGAUCGAGGGCGUGUUGGGCAAAUUCCGAGGCGAGAUUGAGCAGAUUCCACCGAUGCAAGUUUCAAAAGUUUUAACAUGAGGCCCAUCAACCGAAAGUCUUUCUCUCGAGGCUGACGAGCGCUCGUGACAAGUCGAUCGCAGAUUCUCGGCACUCAAGAUGGACGGCAAGCCGCUGUACGAGUAUGCUCGCACCAACACUCCUUUACCUAGACCGAUAACCUCGAGAAAGACGACGAUUCACGCCUUACAGCUGCUCAACUUUACACCCGGUGAUCAGCAUUCGUACGAGUACCCCGCCGAGGAGCUGGACGAGCAAGCCAAGCUCGAACUCGGUCGACUGGAGAAGAUGGUGUCGGAAGGGUCGACGAUCGUACCCUCUGAGCCAGCAGAACCGGCCACUGCUAAUCCAUCUCAGCCGGAGUCCGGCUCUGCUUCACCCAGUACGUCUUGGAUGAAAGAAUAGGAUCAACGAAGGCUGCUUGAGAGCUUGAGCUCACAUCGCUUCUUUCUCCAACCUUCCGGUGCCUUGCAGCUCGACCACCAACCUUUGAGAUUUCGCUGACCGUCUCUUCGGGAACUUACGUUCGAUCCAUCAUCCACGACAUCGCGAUCGCAUUGGGGUCAAGAGCGCAUGUUGUCAAACUGACUCGCACACGUCAAGGCCAAUUCGUCCUCGACGACCCAUCUCCGGCCGGCCCUCCUGCUUCGUCGGAAACGGCAGAAGGUGAGACAAAGGUAGUCGCGGAAGGAACCACGAUUGGAUGCGUUCGGUGGGAAACGUUGGAAGCGGCCAUCAAAGCCUUUGAUGCGGACAAGAAGGCGGGAAGAAAGCCAGCCCCCGCUUCAGAGGAUGCAGAUUAUGCAGAGUGGGAGAAGGAGCUCCUGAGCAAAUGCAAAGAGUAG